UCUCCGCCUUGGUUUCAUAUCAAAGCCACCUAAAUCAAGCAAGCAACCAGAAAUAAGUUUCCUCCAAUCCAAUGGAACUGCCAUUGUUUUCUCUUUGUUUUCUCCUCUCAAUAUCCUUCAUUGCCCAUGCUACUGUUCCUCCUUCUGCAACAUUUAAGUACGUCAAUGAAGGAGAGUUUGGGGAAUACAUUUCGGAGUAUUUUCCAGAUUAUCGUCCAUUGCCCAUAAGUACUUCCCCUUUCCAACUUAUCUUUUAUAACACCACCCCAAAUGCAUACACUCUCGCUCUGCGUAUGGGUACUGUGAGGUCAGAAUCAACAAUGCGUUGGGUUUGGGAAGCCAACCGAGGAAACCCAGUUCGCGAAAAUGCCACUCUCACCUUAGUGGAGGACGGAAAUCUUGUAUUGGCAGAUGCUGAUGGGAGGGUCGCUUGGCAAACCAACACAGCCAAUAAAGGUGUUGUUGGCUUGCAAUUGCUGUCUAAUGGCAACAUGGUGCUUCAUGAUUCCAAGGGAAAGUUUAUCUGGCAAAGUUUCGACUCUCCUACAGAUACCCUGUUGGUGGGCCAAUCACUUCGUGUCGGAGGUGUAACUAGGCUUGUGAGCCGAGCCUCUGAGACGCACAACUCCGAUGGGGCCUAUAGCCUGGUCAUGGAACCCAAAAGACUGGCCAUGUACUAUAAGAGUCCGAAUUCCCCUAAGCCAUAUAUCUACUACGCUUUCGAUUCAGUGUACAAAGGUCGUCUACAGAAUGCGACUCUAAAUUGCGCUCCAAACGGAUACGACGAGGUUGCUAAUGACCUCACUUUGGAUCUCUCUACCGGGAACGGAUUGACACUCGCUAGACCCAAAUACAACAGCACGUUGUCGUUUCUUAGAAUUGGGAUAGAUGGGAGCCUUAAGAUCUACACAUACAACAAUAAAGUGGACUAUCAAGCAUGGGAAGUGACCUACACUCUCUUUUCCAGAGAUGGUUUUCCGGAGGGAGAGUGCCAAUUACCCGAGAGAUGUGGUAAGUUUGGGCUUUGUGAAGACAGCCAAUGUGUUGCUUGCCCAUUGCCAAGCGGACUCAUGGGCUGGAGCAAGGACUGUGAGCCAGUGAAGCCUCCAGCCUGUGGUUCUAAGAAUUUUUACUACUAUAAACUAGAAGGUGUUGAUCAUUCCAUGAGCAAGUAUGCAAGUGGAAGCGGAGCAAUGAAGGAAGACGACUGUGGAAAGAAAUGUUCAAGUGAUUGCAAGUGUCUGGGUUAUUUUUACAACAAAGACACAUCCAAGUGUUGGAUUGCUUAUGAUCUUCAAACCCUCACCAAGGUUGCAAACUCUACGCAUGUGGGUUACAUAAAGGCACCAAAACACUAAGGAAAGCUCGACCUCCUUGUAUCUUUAAAUUAACUCCAAACUUCCAAGUUUUCUCGUUAAUGGUGGUGAUUUCUUAUAAUUAUGCUUUCUUGUUCUUAUUUCCAAGUGGAAGAUUGAAAACUGUAUACCGCUGAAUAAUGAUAAUAAAAGACGACUGUAUGCUUUAGUUCUCCACCAAAAAGAAUGUGUCCCUUUUAAA